ACUUGAAGCAGUGAUAGCAUCGCAACAAGCAAUCCGGACGAGGUUCACUAUUCAGGUUUCCUUACCGGAUCUAGGAUGCCCUGUUGACCCCAACUUUCCGUUCAAUUGCAUUCUUCCCAUCACUCCCAACAGUGACUGUUCCUGCAAAGAGCCUAGGUAGGCUGCCAGAACCGACAACUUCCCGAUCUACUGGAAUACAUACAAGUCGCUCUUGGCAUCCCCUUCCCUCGGUCUCCGCACUGCCGACAUUUCUCCUCGACUCGCGGCCCCCCAUCGCACCGCGCCAGCCGCGGCCCGUCGGGAUGGCCUUUCUACAUAAGGCUCUGCUUUCUGUCCCCCGGACUACAGCAGUUAGGUCUCAGUUCCGGCGGUCAGCACUGCCUGGGAUCAUCAACUCCUUCUCGCGCCUUGCAUCCACUAUGACUCCCAAGCUCAGAGACCCGUCCCUCUUCAAGCAGGAUGUGUGCUACGUCAACGGCGAGUGGGUAACGGCCAGGUCGGGCAAGACAUUUGAGGUCCACGACCCAGCCACCGGCCAGCUCAUCGGGACCUGUCCCGAGUUUGAAGCCCAAGACACAGAGAAGGCCAUCGAGGCCGCUGCCGUCGCAUUUAACGAAUUCCGCCUCAAGACUGGACGCGAGCGCUCCAAGCUGCUCAGGAAAUGGUAUGAUCUCAUGGUCGAAAAUGCCGACGACCUGGCCACCCUCAUUACCUGGGAGAACGGCAAGCCAACCGCCGACGCCAAGGGCGAGGUGACGUACGCAGCCAACUUCUUUGAAUGGUUCAGCGAGGAGGCGCCGCGCAUCUACGGCGACACCAUCCCCUCGUCGGUGCCGGGCAACCGCGUCUUCACGAUUAAGGAGCCAGUCGGCGUCUGCGGGCUCAUCACACCAUGGAACUUCCCCGCCGCCAUGAUCACCCGCAAGGUUGGGCCCGCCCUAGCAGUCGGCUGCACCGUGGUCUGCAAAGCCCCGGGCGAGACGCCAUACACGCCCCUCGCGCUCGCCGAGCUCGCCCACCGCGCUGGCAUCCCCAAAGGCGUGGUCAACGUCAUCACGGCGCUCAAUAACACACCUGAAGUAGGCCAGGUCCUAACAACCCACCCCACCGUCCGCAAGAUCUCCUUCACCGGCUCAACCCCGGUCGGCAAGCUGCUCAUGAAGCAGUGCUCAGGCACCCUCAAGAAACUCUCGCUCGAGCUGGGCGGCAACGCGCCAUUCAUCAUCUUCGACGACGCCGACGUCGACCUGGCCGUCGCGGGCGCCGUGGCCUCCAAAUUCCGCUCGUCGGGCCAGACGUGCGUCUGCGCCAACCGCAUCUUCGUGCAGCGCGGCGUCUACGACGAGUUCGCCACCAAGUUCGCCGCCAAGGUCCGCGAUUUCACCGUUGGCAACGGGUUCGACUCGGGCGUCACCCACGGGCCGCUCAUCCACGGCAAAGCCAUCGACAAGGUCGAGCAGCACGUGCGGGACGCCGAGCAAAAGGGCGCCACGGUCGUGCUGGGCGGGCACAGGAUGCCUGAUCUGGGCCCCAACUUCUUCCAGCCCACGGUGCUGACGGGCAUGACGACCGACAUGGCCAUGGCGGCCGAGGAGACGUUUGGGCCCGUCGCGGGCCUGUUUCCCUUCGACACUGAGGAGGAGGUGGUGCGGAUGGCGAAUGCGACGCCCGUCGGCCUGGCCGGGUAUUUCUUCUCGCGGGAUAUUCAUCGGGUGCAUCGCGUUGCUGAGCACCUCGAGGUGGGCAUGGUUGGUGUGAAUACGGGCUUGAUUUCGGACCCGGCAGCGCCGUUUGGCGGGGUCAAGGAGAGUGGGUUCGGUAGGGAAGGGUCGUUGUAUGGCAUUGGAGAGUACCAGGUUACCAAGAUGAUUACGUAUGGGGGGAUGGGAAAGCCGUUGCAGAGGUGAGCACAAGGGGGACCGGGAGGGGGCUUGGUGCGUGGGCAAGGGUUUGAGCAUGAUGUUGUUGAACCGUGAGGAAUAAUGAGGGUAUGAGAAUGGGGAGCUGGCUUAGCGGGCCUUUAAAUACUCAGAGUCUGCGGAGUUGCUUUUGUAAAGCAAUCCCCGGCGUACUCGUUGGCGUGAUAGUUUACGUUUCUUGGCGUCGUUACUUGGAAGACUCGCGAGGAAGUGGUGUCCCGUUUCACGAUCUGCAAUGAGUGCAGAUGUGAUGGCCUACCUAUACAGACACGGAACUCCAUCUUCCUCACAAAUCACCUACCU